UAGAACUGUCAGUGAAGCGAGUUUUUAUUUUUAAGUUUAUUUAUUUGUAAUGAAAUCUUGAGAUAGCAAAUUUAGUAAAAGUUUUAUAUUCAUGCAUUUAAUGUGAGUACAAGUAGUAAAGUAAUUACACUUACGACAAAAUGUCGACGAACAUUUUCGAGAAAUGCUCAAACAAAGAAGGAUCUCGUCCGUACAAAUGUCGCGAUUACGCUAAUAAAAUUUCAUUAAAUUUGAGCAAUUUCCAAAGAGACGGCAGAUUUUGUGACAUAGACUUAAUAUCAGGAAAAACCAAGGUUAAGGCCCACCGGGUGGUACUUGCAGCCAGCUGUGCGUACUUUGAUGCUAUGUUUAAUGUGGGCUUGGAAGAGAGUCAGAAAAGACAUGUAGCUCUACCUAGCGUGCCUCCAGAAAUUCUUCCAAUUAUUAUUGACUUUAUUUAUACAGGUGAAGUAGUAAUAGACAAAGCAACAGUGCAGCAUUUAUUGGUAGCAGCAGAUAUGCUACAACUGAGAGAACUGGUCACGGGAUGUGGUGAAUUUCUAAGGAGAGAACUACACCCUUCAAAUGCUUUGGGGAUCUUCAGAUUUGCCGAAGCACAUAACUGCAUGGAACUGGCUGAGGAAGCACUGGAACAUGCGCAAGCAAACUGGAAUGUUGUGGCCAGCGGAGAUGAAUUACUAGACUUGCCGUUAUCUCAGUUAGUCACAUUACUGUCAUCAGAACAGCUAAAGGUUGAAAGUGAGGCACAGGUAUUAUAUCCAGCAUUAAGAUGGCUAGAACACGACCCCGCCUGUCGCCGCCGCCAUUGUUUCGAAGUCCUCAGCCGCAUCCGCCUUCCUCUUAUAGCUCCCCAAAUUCUCGACGAAGCCAUUAAAAACGUACAAGACCCGUCAAUCGCUGUGGCAUUGAAGACGGUUAGAGUGGACAUGAAAACGGGUCGCGGCGCGCUAGUAGCCCUCGCGGCGGAGCCCCGGGCGCGCGCGCGGCGCUACCUGCUGGUGGCGGGCGGCUCCUGCCACGACUCCAGCGCGCACCCGCCGCGCUCCACCGACAACAUCCUGUCCUCCGUGCUCAAGUUCGACCUGCAUAAACGAGAAUGGGAAGAGCAGGCGCCGAUGGGUAUCGCGCGCAUUCAGCCGGGGGUGGCCACGCUGGGCGGCCGCGUGUACGCUGUCGGCGGUGAGCAGGGCAGCCAGAUACUGGCCAACGGCGAGGUCUACGACCCCACGACAAACAAAUGGUCCAACAUAGCCCCUAUGAAAGAAGCUCGCAGUGAAUUCGGUCUAACGGGCAUGAACGGACACCUGUACGCGUUCGGCGGCUGGGUGGGGUCGGACAUGGGCGCCUCCGUGGAGGUGUACGACCCCGCCGCCGACGAGUGGACCAGCGCCGGCCGCAUGCCCGAGCCCAGGUUCGGGAUGGGCGUCGUGCAUUAUGGAGGUCUGAUCUACGUAGUAGGCGGGUGCACGCACAGCUGGCGGCACACUCGCGACCUGCUGUGCUACCACCCGGCGUCGCGCUCGUGGCGCGCGCUGGCGCCCAUGCGGCGCGAGCGCUCGCAGGCCGCCGCCGUCGUGCUCGGCGACCACCUCUACGUCAUCGGCGGCAACGCGCCGCGCCGGCAGGUGCUCGCCUCGGUGGAGCGGUACAGCUUCGACGAUGACUCUUGGGAGGAGGUGUGCAGCUUGAAGGAGGCCCGCGCGGGCUGCGCGGCGGGCGCGGCGGAGGGCGUGCUGGUGGCGGCGGGCGGCGACAGCGAGUGCGCGGGGCAGCGCGCCUUCUACCGCGCGCGCACCACGCUGGCCAGCGCCGAGCUGUACGACCCGAGCGACGACCGCUGGCGCGCCGCGCCGCCGCUGCCGCACGAGCGCGCCGAGGCCGGCGCCGCGCUGCUCUGACGAACACCGACACCGACACCGACACCGACACCCCGCAUCGAUGUCAUUACCGAGUCGUUCCGUCCCGGGGAGGCCGGGUACCGAGCGCGGCGCUGCGAGUGAUAUUACAGAGGUGAGUUCGACACCGUUCCCUCUGCUCGGUCGCCGACGUUCUUUUGUCUCCGUUUCGAGCCAGUGAGUGGUGGAGGAAAACGCAGCUAAGGGGUUGUGCACAAAUCACGCGAAGUGUUUUCUGCUACUUUUUGACCCCCCCUCCCCCUUGGUGAUAUUUGGUGAGGUUUUUGGCUACCCCCCUCCCCCCACACAACCUUGCGUGUAUUUUUUGUUUUUUUUUUAUUCGACCUAAUUUUAAAAUAAAUAGUAUUGUUUAAAGAAAAUCUUGUUUAUUUUUCUAUUUUCGUUAAAUAGACUCGCUAUUUUGAAGUGCAGAGUGAAGAUUUAUGUUUAACGAAACCGAGAAAAAGUAUCUACUCAUGUGGUAGGCUUUUUUUUCUUAGUUUCGUUCACUGUAGAAAAAUACACGUGAGGUCUCCCAGUAGUUUCGGAGAUAGGGGGGGGGGGGGUAAUGGGGGUAACUUCAUUUUGUAAUUUUAUCAUUAACCCCCCCAAAAGUGGCCUCCAGGUAUAAAUUUAUUUGUUAACGUUACAUGUCCGUCUUUGGGUCACAAACUUACAUAUGUGUACCAAAUUUCAACUUAAUUGGUCCACUAGUUUCGGAGAAAAUAGGCCGUGACAGACGGACAGGCAGACGCACGAGUGAUCCUAUAAGGGUUCUGUUUUUUCCUUUUGAGGUACGGAACCCUAAAAAUAAUAAAAUAAUGAUGUGGAGACGCGUUCUGAUAGCCACUCGUAGUUGCAAAAAAAUUGCAUCAAAUACGAAACGAUGACAUUGUGAGGCACAAAAUCGUACCUAUAAACAUCGACCUGUAGGUAUGUGUUAACUUUAAUAAAUUAAGCAUAUACAAAUUUAACAAUCCGCAUACUCAUUUUGAAAAACUAUUAACUAAUUCUCCAAAAAUAUGUUUUAGAAAUUAAGGCACGUAUUGCUUUUGCAUUUAUAGCAUUUCGAAAUAGAAUGUGGUCAUUACGAGUGGUGGGUGAUUGAAAUAUUGCGCCCUCACUUUUAACUACUAGCAUGGUCCAUUAUUUACGUCUCCGAUUUUGUCGAUUUUUCGAUUAAUACAUUCAGGGUCAAGAACCCGACAGUCGGAGUCGGGUUCGUAGCGACUACGCGCUACAUACAGCGAAACCGUGGCUACGUGCUACGAGCGUAACCCGUAGCACUUAGUGGCAAUGAAAGUGUUAAGUACCACUAUUUCUUGCAGAAAAUGAAAAUGACGUGAGAGGUAUUUGGCGAUACCCCUUUUCUGCGUGAGAUUUGGCUCGACUUUAGCCCUUUUUAUUUUCUUUUACGUAAAUAAUGGACCGACCCUAGCUAACAUAUCGAUGUUGAUUAUGCUAUUAUUACAAAUUAAAAUGUACAAACAAUUUAUUGGAGUUUAACAUUAUUAUUUUUGUAUUAAAUAAAUUCGCGGGGCUUCACUUGCAAUAUACGUAAUGUAUUCAUACUGCUAUUGCUGACUGCUUAAUUUUUGGUUUACAAAUGUAUAAUGUAGGUAUAUACCUUAUAUCUCGAACAUGAUCGCUUUUGUGGAUAAAUAUGUUAUCCCAGAGAAUUACUCGAAUUAUUUAAUUGAAGUCAUUAAGGUGUCGUGUUUGACUUAGA